AUGGAAAGAAUCACAAUCGCACGACUUAGUCGGAUGGUAAAUAAAAAUCGCCGUCCCGCCUAUCGAAAAACCGAAUUCAUCUUACCACGAUUCAGCGGCAGUGCUGCUGCAGUGGUUUCCAAACCGAAGAGGUCUCGAAAAAUAGAGUCCAUCUUGAAUCUGUCAGGUUGCUCCCUACUAGACGCACCGAUACCGGCGCAUGAAAUACCAAGAGGACAGAAUAUAUUAAAACCGACACCUGCACCACCACCGAAAACGCUUGAAAAGAUUAAUAAGGUUGUUAAAGCUGCAAAGAAGAAGGUUGAAGACUGGGGGAAAUGGCUGAAAGAUCAAGCCGGCCGGUCUAACGCGCUGAGCAGCAGAGCUGCUGAUGACGCUUUGAAAUCUUUCAAAGAUCAUAUCAACGAAUUAUACAAACAACCCCGUUUCAAACUCUACGAGGAUGUGUCCUCUAUGAGGGGUUUCGCUAAAAUGCACACUAUUGAUGGCGUUGAGGGUUAUUCCCCCUUAAAUUUUCUGAAAGCUGUAAAACCGGUCAUAAUCAAGUUUCUGUUGACGCAGAAAAAUAUCAAGGCGAAGUUCGUACUGAGAUGCUACAUGGAGAAGGUAAAUAUCGCAACUGGUGAGUCAACGCUUCAGCAUGCGAUAUUUCACUCAUCGCAAAAGAUUAUCUUUGAAGAGACUGACCGAGAAGAAGUUUAUCAAAAAUGUGUGGAGAAGAUUUUGGAAAGUUUGGCUACGUUUACGCGAAACGGGAGCGGUUGGGUUGUGAGCUCUGUUGACGGUUUAGAUUUACACACGGUGAAAUACAAUCCUUUGAAAGGAUCAUCAUAUAUUCCGCUUCCAAAACAUCUCGCAGACAAGAAGGCAAUCAUCAACAUGCAGAAUAAAGAUGAGGAGUGCUUCAAAUGGUGUGUGACAAGAGCUUUGAAUCCUGUGGAAAGAGAUCAAGAGCGUGUCACAAGGAUUUUGAGAGCGCGGGCGGAUCAUCUUGUGUGGGAUGGGAUUGAGUUUCCGAUGCAGGUGAAAGAUAUUACCCGAUUUGAAAGGUUGAACCCGGGUCUUGGCGUCAACGUUUACGCCUACGGUAAAGGUGGGUUUAAUCCCUUGAGAGUGAGUAAAGCUAAGACUAUCAAGGUUCAUAUCGACCUUCUUCUCAUUACUAAAGGCGAGAAAACGCAUUACUGCCUGAUUAAGUCUUUGAGUCGACUCGUAUCGAGUGAUUUGUCAAAGAAUAAAGGUAAAAAGUUCAUAUGCCGAAGAUGUCUGAAUUAUUUUGGGUCUGAGAAGCUGCUUGAGACUCACGACGAGCUUUGCCGGGAUCAUGACGCUGUGAGAGAGAAGAUGCCGGAAGAGGGAACUUAUCUCUCUUUUAACAAUCACCACAAGAAGAUGGACAUGCCGUUUGUUAUAUACGCAGACUUUGAAUCGGUUAUCAAACCUAUUCAUACAUGUCAGCCCAACCCUGAUGUGAGCUACACCGAGAAGAAGCAACAGCACAUCCCUGUGAGUUUCUGCUACUUUGUGAAAUGUAACUUCGACGAUAGAUUUUCGAAACUGUUUGAAUACACGGCCAAGUCUGAAGAUGAAGAUAUUGCUCAGAACUUCGUUAACUUUUUGGAAAAAGAGGUGAAGAGUAUCUAUGAAUUCCCUCUUCAAAAGAUGAAAUUCACAAAGCGCGAUGCUGAAAUCUUUGAAAAUGCGACGUCUUGCUGGAUAUGCGGUGAAGAUUUCGACCAGAUGGUUGAAGAACUGAAAGUACUGGAAGGUGUGGGAGAAGAGUUAGUUCAGGAUGGGAAAGUUCGCGAUCAUUGUCACUACACUGGGAGGUUUCGCGGAGCUGCGCAUAACAGCUGCAAUCUUAGAUUCCAACGUCCAAAACUCGUACCUGUGGUGUUCCACAACUUGGCUAACUACGAUGCGCAUCUCUUCGUCAAGAAUUUAGGUGUUUCAGAAGGCGAGAUUAAUUGCAUUCCCAACAACGAGGAGAAGUACAUCAGCUUCUCGAAAGAUGUUGUGGUUGACAAGUUUUUCGAUGAAGAGGAAGAAAAAGACGUUGUUGUCAAGAGAGAGUUGCGAUUCAUUGAUAGUUUCAAAUUCAUGGCAUCUUCUCUUGACAGGCUUGUGGGAAACCUCAGCAGCGACUCUUUUGAGAAUACGGGGAACCAUUUCCGUGGAGAGAAGCUUGAACUCGUGAAGAGAAAGGGGGUGUAUCCUUAUGAAUGGAUGGAUUCAAUCGAGAAGCUUGAUGAGACUGAGCUUCCACCGAAAGAAGCUUUCUUCUCCGUGUUAAGUGGUUGCGGUAUCACGGAUGAAGAUUAUGCUCACGCUCAGAAUGUAUGGAAAACCUUUCGAAUGAAAACGAUGCGAGAUUAUCACGAUCUAUACAACCGAAGCGAUGUGUUGCUGUUGUGCGAUGUGUUUGAGAAUUUUCGAAAGGUUUGCAAGGUGAAUUACGAAUUAGACCCCUGUUGGUAUUUCACAGCGCCUGGACUUUCUUGGGACGCUUGCCUCAAGAAGACUAAGGUGAAGCUUGAGUUGUUGAGCGAUCCAGAUAUGUUGCACAUGUUUGAGAAAGGCAUUCGUGGAGAGAUCUCGAUGAUCUGUUUGAGACAUGCAAUGGCUAACAACAAGUACAUGGGUGAGAAGUUUGACCCCGCCAAACCAUCGCAGUUCAUCGAAUAUCUGGACAUGAACAACCUUUAUGGUGCUGCGAUGCGCAUGCCGCUGCCGACAGGUAACUUCAAAAAGAGAGAAAAGAAAGAUUUCAAGCGGUGGGAAGAAUACCCCUGCCUUGUUGAGGUUGAUUUACCUCCCAUCGCUGAAGAGCUGCACGAUUACUUCAAUGACUACCCUCUUGCUCCUGAAAACUUGAUGAUUGGAAAAGUAAAGAAGCUUGUCUGCACGUUAAACGAGAAGAAGAAGUACAUCGUUCAUCACGAGACUCUGAAACUCUAUAAAUCUCUCGGAAUGAAGAUUGGGAAGAUCCAUCGGGUUAUUAGUUUCGAUGAGAGCCCUUGGAUGCGAGAGUAUAUCGAUCUUAACACUGAUUUGCGAGCUAAGGCUCAGAACGACUUCGAGAAAGACUACUUCAAAUUAAUGAACAAUUCAUGCUUUGGAAAGACGAUGGAGAACAUUAGGAAACGAGUAGAUGUGAGGCUUGUAAACUCGGAAGAGAAGGCGAAGAGGUUGGCAAAUAAGGUGAAUUUUGACCAUUGCACCAUCUUCUCCGAGAAUCUGUGCGCGAUUCAUAUGAAGAAAACGCAAGUUUACUUCAACAAACCGCUCUAUCUCGGGAUGUGCAUUCUCGAUCUCAGCAAGAAGCUCAUGUAUGACUUUCACUACAAUUACAUGAAGCCUAAGUAUGGAGAUAGAGCAAAGCUGUUGUUUACAGACACAGAUUCUCUUUGUUAUGUGAUUCAGACAGAUGACUUCUACGAAGAUAUUUCUUCUGACGUACAUCAACAUUUUGACACGAGUAACUUUCCAAAAGAUCAUCCUUCUGGGAUACCAAUCGGUGUGAACAAGAAAGUGGUUGGGAUGAUGAAGGAUGAAUGUGGGGGGAAAAUUAUUAAGGAGUUUGCCGGGUUGAGGCCCAAGUCGUAUGCAAUCAGGAUUGAAGAUGGAAGAGAGGAAAAGAAAUGCAAGGGUAUCAAGAAAGGUGUUGUGAAACGCACAUUAGACUUCGAUGAUUACAAGUGUUGCCUGUUCGGUGGUGGACCCCAGUUUCGGAAGAUGAAUGUGCUUCGCAGCCGAAAGCAUGAGAUGUAUAUGGAGGAGAUCAACAAGGUAGCUUUGUCUGCAGAGGAUGACAAGACAAUCAUUCUACCAGAUGGAGUGAACACAUAUCCAAUAGGGCAUUACCGGUCUGAAUAA